AUGUCGAAGAAGGUCGUGACGAAGAAGAAGGCACAGCCUCCACAAUCGGCCGCAGCAGAGAACGGGGCUACACCUGUCGUCGCACCGAAGGAUGUUCGCGUCGCCCAACAGUUGCGUGUGCUUGAGACCGUGGCUGCAAAGGGCGACGUUGGCGAGAAAAAGUAUUCCCCUCGAGCAGAGAGGUACAUCCAGCAGCUGCAUGGUGUGCUCGACUUUUUUGAGUACUCCCGAAAUGAUAUUGCUGUCUUGGUCCGGAAGUGUCACUACGACGAGAACCAGAUCCAGAUAGCAGUUGCCAACAUCAUCGAGGACCGUUCAAACCAUGGCCAAGAUCAAUGGGAGACAGUGGGGCGCAAGAAGCAGACGAAGGAGAAGAAGAAAGCCAAGGACGAGGAGGCGGAGGCAGAGGUGGAUGUCAAGAACGAUCACCUUCCUGGCCAUAGACAGGACCACGUGAGUCAAGAACAGGACGAGUGGUCAACGGUGAAGAACAAAAAGCAAGCCAAGGAAGAGCGCAAACUGAAGGAAGAGGAGGAGAAGAAGGAACACGACAAGAAAGAGCAGUUUAUCUCGCCGAAGGACCGAGCACCCCUUGAACCUGACGAGUGGUCCACGGUAAAGAACAAGAAGCAAGUAAAGGAGCAGCGAAAGAUCAAGGAGGAGGAGGAGAAAAAGGAGCAGGAGAGGAAAGAUCAGGAGCGACAGCAGAAGGAGGAGGAGAACAAGCGCCGAGAAGCCGAGAGGAAAGCUGCGGCAGAUGCUCGCGAAGCAGAGCUUGCCAAAGCUCGAGAAGCCGUGAAUGGCGUGGCCGCCCCAAAGUCUUUCCCAAAGGCAGGCAAAGGCGGAGGAGGCAAGGGGGCCGGCAAGAAUGGCUUCCACCACGACACGUCCUCAGCUUCGGCCCUCCCGCCGGACCCGGCCAUCCUCUUUGCGGGGCCCAAGCCGGAGCAAAACGGUGAUCACAAGGAGGAGGCGAAGCCGAAGGAGAAGGAGCAGGAGAAACCAAAGCAGAAGGAGGUGGAGAAGCCAAAGGAGAAGGAGGCAGAGGAGAAGCCGAAGGAGAAGGAGCCUGCGAAAGAGGAGAAGGACAUGAAGGACAUGAAGGAGAAGGAGGUGGAGAAGGAGCGAGAGAAGAUCAGAGAGAAGGAUGCAGAAAAGGACAAAGAGAAGGACAAAGAGCCCUGGCAAGGCGGCCAGUGGUGGGAAGGCUCCGGCGAGAGAUGGAACAAGAGUUGGGACUGGGAGUCCUGGCGUGAAGAUGAUGGAGCCAAGCCUCAGAAUGGCCGCUGGGAGUGGAACAAGAAGUGGAACGACUGGGACAAGUCGCAGGAUAGUGAUGGUUGGUGGGGGAACGAUUGGAAAAGAGGACGAAGUUGGUCCUGGCAACGGAAGGACAAAGAUGAUGCUCGAGGGGCAGAGUUUGCGACUAGGUAUUCUCGCAUAUGGCAGGUUGGCAAAGAAAAGAAGCGCACGGUGCCAGAAGCGACAGAGCUGAGACAACAGAAAGGUCUGAUAAAUCCGAUCAGGAAAGUUGGCUCGAAGAUUGCCCACCUGAUAGGUCUGGGUGGUCUGGGUCUGGCCAUGUCUAAAAAGGCGCAGCCGCCGGCUGCCACGAUAGAAAACGGGGCGCCACCUGCCGCCGCUCCGGCCAGCAACGAUGUCCGGGUCGCCCAGCAGCUUCGAGUUCUCGUUGCUGCUACAAAGGGCGAUGCUGACGAAAAGACGUACUCUCCGCGAACUGAGAGGCAUAUCCAGCAGCUGACGGAUGUCCUCGACUUUUUCGAGUACUCCCGAAACGACAUUGCUGCUUUAGUUCGGCGGUGUCAUUACGACGAGCAUCAAAUUCAGGUGGCUGUGGCCAACAUUGUCGAGGAUCGUGCAAACCACGAGCAAGAAGAGUGGGGCACAGUCAAAAACAAAAAGCAAGCGAAGGAGGAGAGAAAACUCAAGGAAGAAGAGGACAAGAAAGAGCAAGAACGUCUUGAGAAAGAGCAGGAGAAGCAGCGCCGCGAAGCGGAGAGGAAGGCAGCCAAAGAAGCUAGAGAAACUGAGCGCGCAAAGCGUGGAGGCAAAGGCGGUAAAAAUGGUACCGACCCAGAAAUGCCAGCAGCUUCCCUGCCACCCGAUCCCGCGAUCCUCUUUGCCGGGACGAAGCAGAGCAGCGAUGAUCAAGAGUGGCAGGGUGGGCAAUGGUGGGAAAGUGGCGGAAACGCAUCGUGGAACAGCAAGAGCUGGGAGUGGGAGUCCUGGCGAGACGACUGGAGCAACUCGAAAGGGCAGGCCGAAGAUGGCUGGUGGGGCGGUCAGUGGGAAAAGGCUGGCAGCCGCAGAAAAGGCUACAAGGACAAGAAAGAGCCAGUAGCCGAGGAGGACGACGACGGAGAGGGUGUCCUGUGGGAUAUGCCAGACACUUCCGUGCAGCCAGAUGGAGAGGGUGGCCUGGAUCAGUGGACACUGGGCCACCUUCCGGUGCACGAGCGGAUGAUGGAGGGCGAACAGACAUUGGGCAUGCCAAAGGCCUUGCCGGAAAAUGCCCUAACUUUGGAGGAGCUAGAGCGCGAUCACUUGGCGGCGCCGGCAGCUCCGCCCGUGGUGCCUGCUCCUCCGAUGCCUCAGGCACCUCCGCAAGUUUCGGCUCCGAUGCCGAACGUGGCACCACCAACCACAAAGCCGCUACCCGACAGCCUGCCACCCCAGCAGGACAUUCUUGCAGCGCUUGGCAGCCAACCAGUUGUGUCGCCCGGCUCUGUGCCCGUUGCAGAUGACAGGGGGGACAGACAGGACCGCGGCGAAAAAGGUCGCGGGAAAGGGGGCAAGAAGGGAAAAGGGGAACGAGACAAAACAGAGGGCGAGAAGGAGCGUCUAGAGCGAAUCGAUCGCUCUGACGAUCCUCGGCGACAAGCCGUCGAGCAGGUCGGUGAGGUGGUCACCGUGCGGAAACAUAGCUCGAUGGGCUGCGCUGUAGUCUCGAUGACAGAUGUCAGAGUGAGACAGGCCAUAGUGGAAGAUGGCAACGAGUGCGUCAUCAAUGGAAUCAAGGUCCAAAUCAAGCCGCAUACGAACAAGGAGACCAAAGAAGAGGUACUUACAGACUUGUUCGUGGCCUGGGGAAGACAGGCGGAGAAGCAGAACCCGCUGUCAGAGCAGACAAUUGCCAAGUUCUUCGACACCAAGCACAAAGAAAUCACCGGCGGAUGGAAGGCAGCCGAAGAGGAGAAGCUCCGCGCUGAAGAGCAGGAGCGUCGGCAGCAGGAGCAAGUCCUCAGAGAGAGGACGGAGCAGCGACGGCGCUACGAAGAACAGCAAGAGUCUUUCUCUCAUGCUUUCCCGCAUGGUCUUGCGGACAGGGUGGUGGCGCUGUAA